AUGGAUCCAGACGAAGAAAUUCUCAAAGAAUACCAGCAAGAAAUUCGCAACAUGAAAGAUGAGAUCAUUCAGCUUAAUAGACAAAUCGCUCAAGCCGAAAAUGCUGAGAAAGAGCUUGAUGAAAAUAACCUCCAACCAGAAGAUCGAGAUGAAAUCUUGAAAAAACAGUCACUUUUAAGGCACUGCCAAGAAGAAAUUGAAGAGCUCACUGAGCAGCUUAACAAACUUAGAGAAACCAAUAUUGAGCUCGCUGAGAGCUGUGAAGAGCUUAACAAUAGGAUUGAUCCGCUUCCUAUCUCUGACAAUCAGCUUGAAGAGCUCAGAGAACAAAUUGCAGCCUUGGAAAAAGAAAAUGAAGACCUCAGAAGGCAAAAUAGUGAAAUUGAAAGCUCGGGCCUUAGGGAAUGGGAAAAUUUGUCCCCGCAUGCUUCUAAUGAAUUUUUUGUGAAUCUCCAAAAGAAACUCUCAACAUUGGAGCAAGAAAAUACAACUCUUUCAGCAAAAUAUAAGAAAGCUGAAGCAGAGACCAAGAGAUUGAAGGAAAAUUGUGAAAAAGCUGCCCAUAGGUUUAAAAAUAACGAAGACACCAGAACUAAGCUGCAUUUGCUAGAAAAAAACUACACACAAAUAAAAUGGCGACUUCACCUGCUCAUCCUCUCUCGGCAUAUUUCGAGUUUAGGGACCUUGCUGCACCUGAAGCCAAACCGAGCAGGAACGGAGUCUAUAGGUACUGGGCAUUUGUGUUCCGGUUAGGUUUUAUUCCCUCAUGCAGCAAUGAAGACUUUGUGUAUUCCAGAUGGAUAUUUUGGAAAAAAAGGUAAUUACCUAGAGACCACUAGUGUAGUUGGUGCCGAUACUAGCUAGGGAAUUUAUCCCUAGCUGGAACUCUAGCCACCCAAGCGACAGCCAUCAAGUCCCAAACCUGCAUACUCCAAGUUCUGAGACAGAAUUAAGAACCAGGCUGAAAGCCGGAAGAGAGCUAUCUCUGCUGGAAAUGCUGGCAUACUCAGGAAGGUUCGCUACAGCUGAACUAGUCCUAUGCGAAGACUCUUUUCGGGUGAGAUGUAAAAGAGGAAGAGCCCUAAUCUAUAAUUAAUACUAAUGCUAAUGCUAGAAGAGAGCUUAGAAAGAUGUGUGCAAACUGAAAAUGACUUAAAAGAAGAGAUAGAUGACGUGGAAAGACAAAUCAUGCAAAAGUCAGCAAGUACUGAAGGUCAAGAUAUUAGAAGCCUGCAACACAUGAUUAGAGAUCUCAAUGAAAAGAUCAGCCAAGAAAAAGCUCAAUGCACAAGACUAGAAAAACAGUUACAAGAUAUUCUCGUAAAUAGUGAAUCAAACCAAUUUUUAAGCUAGCCCUCUUAAAAUAAAAUAAAGCUAAAUAGUGCAUAAGCUUUUAUUCAGUAUAAAUGAGUAUAAGCAGCAAGAAUUGAGAACUGUGAAGAUAACAGCAAACCAACCAGUCAGCAAGACUUCGACUAAGCUCAGCAAUGAUCUGGAAUUGCUUGGAAAAGUCCUUGCAGAUAAGAUGAAGUCAGUAAGAGAAAAAGAUAAAGAAAUCGCUGAGCUGACCUUGAAAUAUGAAGAAGCCAAGAUGCAGCUUUAUGGGCCAGAGAAAUUCAACGUCUAA